CGCUCGCUCCUUUCCUCCCUCCCCUCCCGGGGUUGGUCGCUCGGUGGGUGCGUGAGGUGUUUAUCGAAUCCGGUUCGGCCCGGCCUGUGUGGAUGUUGGGGUGAAUCAAGCUCGCUGGGAGGACGACGGCAAGGAGGAGAAGGAAGAAGAAAAAUAAAAAGAGGAGGAGGAGGAAGAAGAAGAAGAAGACGGCGGCGGCGGCGACUUCAGGGAUUCGCUUCGGCCGCUCUCCUCCCCUCCUCGGCUCUACAUGUUCGCUGCACUGAGGAGGAGACGGAAGAGGAGCCAGCCCCCCUCCCGGCCCGGAUUAUUGUUGUUAUAUUAUCUCCCCUCCUCCUCCUCCCGCUCCGCGGCGGCCCAGUGGCGGAUCCUCUGAGGAGGGAGGGGGGCGGAUUUUUUUUCCUUCCCCCCCCCCCCCGCUUGGUUUUUCGGUUGGAUUCAGACGACGCUUAGCUCAGUGUGUGGGAGAUGGGAAGUAAUGUUAGCUGGCACCCGAACUAAAAUCUGUGUGUAAGCACCACCAUCCCAAGCACUUCAGAAUGAAUGGGGAUAUGCCUCAUGUUCCCAUCACUACUCUUGCAGGGAUUGCUAGUCUUACUGAUCUUUUGAAUCAGCUGCCUCUUCCAUCACCUUUGCCUGCCACAACUACAAAAAGCCUGCUCUUUAAUGGACGAAUUGCAGAGGAGGUGAACUGUCUUUUGGCUUGUAGGGAUGAAAAUCUGGUUUCACAGCUCGUACACAGCCUCAACCAGGUGUCAACCGAUCACAUAGAAUUGAAAGAUAACCUUGGCAGUGAUGAUCCAGAGGGAGAUAUACCAGUCUUGCUGCAGGCUGUCCUGGCAAGGAAUCCUAAUGUUUUCAGGGAAAAAAGCAUGCAGAACAGAUACGGGGUACAAAGUGGAAUGAUGAUGCCACAGUACAAACUUUCUCAGAAUUCCAUGCAUGGUAGUCCUGCAUCUUCCAAUUAUCAGCAAACCACUAUCUCUCAUAGUCCUUCAAGUCGAUUUGUGCCACCACAGUCAAGUUCUGGUAAUAGAUUCAUGGCACCACAAAACAGUCCAGUGCCUAGUCCAUAUGCUCCUCAGAGCCCUGCAGGAUAUUUGCCAUAUUCACAUCCUCCAAGUUACACGCCUCACCCACAGAUACAACAAGCUUCAGUAUCCAGCCCUAUUGUUUCAGGUGGAAUGAGGAAUAUACAUGAAAAUAAGAUUACAAGUCAGUUGGGCAGUUCAACCAAUCACCAUCCUGAUAACACCAGACAUGGCUCUAGUGAAGACUACCUACACAUGGUGCACAGAAUAAGCAGCGAAGAUGGUGAUUCUUCAAUAAGGAACACUGCAUCAUUUUCCUUGAGAUCACCACAGUCAGUAUGUUCUCCUGCUGGAAGUGAUGGAACUCCCAAAGGAUCAAGACCACCUUUAAUACUUCCAUCUCAGCCUCCACCUUAUUCAUCACCUAGAGAUGUUCCCCCAGACAUAUUGUUAGAUUCUCCAGAAAGAAAGCAAAAGAAACAAAAGAAAAUGAAAUUAGUCAAGGAUGAAAAAGACCAGACUGAAAAAGCUGCAAUGUAUGAUAUUAUUAGUUCUCCAUCCAAGGACUCGACUAAACUUACAUUAAGACUCAGUCGUAUAAGAUCUUCAGAUAUGGACCAGCAGGAUGACAUGCUUUCUGGUUUGGAAAACAGUAAUGCAUCGGAAGGGGAUAUUUCUUUUAAUGUGCAGUAUCCAGGACAGACAUCUAAAACGCCAGUUACUCCACAGGAUAUUAAUAGGCCUCUAAAUGCUGCUCAGUGUUUACCGCAGCAUGAACAAACAGCAUUCCUCCAGGCGCAACAAGUGCCUGUUUUACAACCGAACACUUCAGUUUCUGCAAAACAACCUCAAAAUCCUUUGGUACAGACACAUCCACAGGUUUCACAGCACGGGACUAUUACGCCAUAUGAUGAAGUAGAAUUGGAUGCAUUGGCUGAAAUUGAACGGAUAGAACGGGAAUCAGCUAUUGAAAGGGAACGGUUUUCAAAAGAAGUGCAAGACAAAGAUAAGCCUUUAAAGAAACGAAAACAAGAUUCCUUUCCACAGGAGGCUGGAGGUGCUACAGGAGGAAAUAAACCAGCUUCUCAGGACACAAAUUCUGCAGGAAAUGGGUCACGACCAGCCUUGAUGGUUAGUAUCGAUCUACAGCAAGCCGGACGGGCGGACUCUCAGGCAGUUCUUACUCAGGACUUGGAUAUUAUCAAAAAGCCUGAAGAGAUAAAGCAGUGUAAUGAUGGUUCUCUAUUUGUUGCCCAAGAUGAUGUAAUUGGAGUACUAAAACUAAAAACAGAAAACUUCCCUGAAACUCUAAGGAAAAAGUCAGAUUCUGAAGGUAUAAAAAUGGAAGUACAACACAAUGAGAACAAACAAACAGGAAUACAACAAAAUGAGGGUAAACGGAUAGAAAUUAAACACUGUGAAAGCAAGCAAGCAGAAAUUAAACAUGAAAGCAAACAUGAAAAUAGACAGGUGGAUGUGAAACAAAAUGAGGGCAAACAAAAUAAUGGCAAGCAGGAAAUAAGACAAAGACCCGAGACUCCAAAACAAAAAAAUGAAGUGAGGCCUGAUACUCCAAAACAGAAAAAUGAAGGCAGACCAGAAACCCCAAAGCAGAAAAAUGAAGGCAGACCAGAAACUCCUAAACACAGACAUGAGAACAGGCGUGAUUCUAAUAAAUCUUCACUGGAAAAGAAGCUUGAUAUAUCUAAAUAUAAAAUGGACAUGAAAUCUGAUCCAUCCAGGGUGAAAUCUGAAAGGUCUGACUCAUUAAAACAGAGACCUGAUGGGCGUUCAAUUUCUGAUUCUGUAAGACGGGAUCAUGAUGGCCUUAAACAAAAAACUGAGGACAGAGGUGAAUCAGAACGAUAUAGAGGUGACCCAUCAAAGAUGCGAAGACCAGAAUAUUUGCGAUCUUCAAGUAAAGGCGAACAUGAUUCUAAACAUAUCAUUAGAACUGAUAACACAAAAGCAGAGAGACUAGACAGGAAACACAGACAUGAGUCUGGUGAGUCCCGGGAUAAGCUGUCUUCUGGAGAUCAGAGAUCAAGACCGGACAGUCCUCGUAUUAAACAGGAAAGUAAAUUAAGAACUGAUAGACCAAGUUUUAAAUCACAGAAUAGUAAGGAUGAUCGGAGGACAGAUGGUAAUAAAAGCAAAAUGGAUAGUAGUAAAGCACAUGGAGAUAGUAAAGCUGAAUUUCCCAGUUAUUUGUUGGGGGGAAGAUCUGGGGCUUUAAAACAUUUUAUCAUUCCAAAAAUAAAACGUGAUAAAGAUGGCAAUGUCAUGCACGAAGUAAGGAAAUCAGAAUUUAAAGGUGAACCGAAGAAUAAGGUUGAGAAGAUUGGAUUAGUAGAAGAUCUAAAUAAAGGAGCUAAACCAGUAGUUGUUCUGCAAAAACUUUCUUUGGAUGAUGUACAAAAAUUUAUUAAGGACAGAGAAGAUAAAUCAAGAAGCACUUGUUUCAGAUCUAACAAAAACAAGUCAUCCAAAUCAAGUAAAGGUAGCAUAGAUCAGUCAGUGUUAAAGGAAUUACCCCCAGAACUACUAGCAGAAAUUGAAUCUACCAUGCCACUUUGUGAACGAGUGAAAAUGAAUAAACGUAAGCGUAGCACAGUAAACGAAAAACCAAAAUAUGCUGAAAUUAGUUCUGAUGAAGACAAUGACAGUGAAGAGGCUUUUGAAACUUCUCGGAAAAGACAUAGAAAAGACAGAAAUGAUGACAAAGCCUGGGAAUACGAAGAACAUGACAGACGUUCUGGAGAUCAUAAAAGGAGUGCCCAUUAUCAUGAAGGAAGGAGGAGUUCUGGUAGCAGCCGAUACCGUGCUCGAAGUCCAGAAGAUUCAGACAUGGAUGAUUAUUCUCCUCCUCCUAGUCUCAGUGAAGUGGCUAGAAAAAUGAAGAAAAAAGAAAAGCAAAAGAAAAGGAAAGCUUAUGAACCAAAGUUAACUCCUGAAGAAAUGAUGGAUUCUUCUACAUUCAAGAGGUUCAGUGCUUCAGUUGAAAAUAUUUUGGACAACUUGGAGGACAUGGAUUUUACUGCAUUUGGUGACGAUGAUGAAAUUCCUCAGGAGUUAUUACUGGGGAAGCAUCAACUAAGUGAAUUGGGCAGUGAAUCAGCUAAAAUUAAGGCCAUGGGCAUUAUGGAUAGGCUUUCAACUGAAAAAACAGUGAAAGUUCUGAACAUUUUAGAGAAAAACAUUCAAGACGGUGCAAAGCUUUCGACUCUGCUUAAUCAUCCCAUUCUCAUUUUUUUAAUCAGAUGUGGUAGCAAACAAGGUGAAGAAGACUAUAGACCACUUUUUGAGAACUUUGUCCAAGAUCUUCUUUCCACGGUCAAUAAACCAGAAUGGCCAGCUGCAGAAUUGCUUCUUAGUUUACUGGGAAGAUUAUUGGUCCAUCAAUUCAGUAAUAAAUCAACAGAGAUGGCUUUGAGAGUGGCAUCACUUGACUAUCUUGGAACUGUAGCAGCACGAUUGAGAAAAGAUGCAGUUACUAGCAAAAUGGAUCAGGGAUCUAUAGCCCGAAUUUUAAAACAGGUCUCAGGAGGUGAAGAUGAAAUCCAACAAUUGCAAAAGGCAUUACUAGAUUAUUUGGAAGAAAAUACAGAAACUGAUGCAUCAUUAGUGUUUUCUCGGAAAUUUUAUAUAGCUCAGUGGUUUCGGGAUACCACUAUGGAGACUGAGAAAGCAAUGAAAUCUCAGAAGGAUGAAGAUUCGUCUGAAGGAACUCACCAUUCAAAGGAAGUUGAGACAACAGGACAAAUUAUGCACCGAGCAGAAAGUCGCAAAAAAUUCCUUCGAAAUAUCAUUAAAACAGCACCAUCUCAGUUCAGUACAUUAAAGAUAAAUUCUGAUACUGUGGACUAUGAAGAUGCUUGUUUGGUUGUACGCUAUUUGGCCUCUAUGAGGCCGUUUGCCCAGAGCUUCGAUAUUUAUUUGACACAGAUUCUGCGUGUACUUGGUGAAAAUGCAAUAGCUGUUCGAACAAAAGCCAUGAAGUGUUUGUCUGAAGUAGUUGCAGUAGACCCCAGCAUUCUAGCCAGGUUGGAUAUGCAAAGAGGUGUUCAUGGACGGUUAAUGGAUAAUUCCACAAGUGUGCGAGAAGCAGCUGUGGAGUUACUGGGUCGGUUUGUACUUUGUCGACCACAGCUUGCCGAACAGUAUUAUGACAUGCUGAUUGAGCGAAUACUGGAUACUGGUAUUAGUGUCAGAAAAAGAGUAAUAAAGAUUCUUAGAGAUAUCUGCAUUGAACAACCAACCUUUCCCAAAAUUACAGAAAUGUGUGUGAAAAUGAUUCGCAGAGUUAAUGAUGAAGAAGGCAUUAAGAAAUUGGUAAAUGAGACAUUCCAGAAAUUAUGGUUCACUCCAACCCCACAUAAUGACAAAGAAGCUAUGACCAGAAAAAUCCUGAACAUCACAGAUGUGGUUGCAGCUUGUAGAGAUACAGGAUAUGAUUGGUUUGAACAGCUUCUUCAAAAUUUGCUAAAAUCAGAAGAGGAUGCUUCAUACAAGCCGGUCAAGAAAGCCUGUACUCAACUUGUGGACAAUUUGGUUGAACAUAUUCUGAAGUAUGAAGAAUCUUUGGCAGAUUCUGACAACAAGGGUGUGAAUUCAAGUCGCUUGGUAGCUUGCAUAACCACUUUAUUUUUAUUCAGCAAAAUCAGGCCUCAGUUAAUGGUCAAACAUGCUAUGACCAUGCAACCAUAUCUUACAACUAAAUGCAGUAAUCAAAAUGACUUCAUGGUGAUCUGCAAUGUUGCAAAAAUCUUAGAAUUGGUAGUGCCGCUGAUGGAACACCCAAGUGAGACUUUCCUUGCUACGAUGGAAGAAGAUCUCAUGAAGCUCAUAAUCAAAUAUGGCAUGACAGUAGUGCAGCAUUGUGUUAGCUGUCUUGGAGCUGUUGUUAACAAAGUCACACAGAAUUUUAAAUUUGUAUGGGCUUGUUUUAAUAGAUACUAUGGUGCACUUUCAAAACUAAAAAGUCAACAUCAAGAAGAUCCAAAUAGCACUAUACUUACAGCAAAUAAACCAGCACUCCUAAGAUCCCUUUUUACUGUUGGAGCACUAUGUCGGCAUUUUGAUUUUGAUCAAGAAGAUUUUAAAGGCAACAGCAAGGUUAACAUAAAAGAUAAAGUACUUGAAUUGUUAAUGUAUUUCACCAAGCAUUCAGAUGAGGAGGUACAAACAAAAGCCAUCAUUGGUCUAGGAUUCGCCUUCAUACAACAUCCAAGCCUAAUGUUUGAACAAGAGGUGAAGACAUUGUAUAAUAAUAUUCUCUCUGAUAAAAACUGCUCAGUAAAUUUAAAAAUCCAAGUGUUGAAAAAUCUCCAGACAUACCUCCAAGAGGAAGAUACACGCAUGCAGCAGGCAGAUAGAGAAUGGAAAAAGGUAGCAAAGCAAGAAGAUCUGAAAGAAAUGGGUGAUAUUUCCUCAGGGAUGAGCAGCUCCAUCAUGCAGCUAUAUCUCAAACAAGUCCUAGAAGCAUUCUUUCACACACAGUCCAGUGUUCGUCAUUUUGCGCUCAAUGUUAUUGCACUCACGUUAAACCAGGGUCUUAUCCAUCCAGUUCAGUGUGUACCAUAUUUAAUAGCAAUGGGCACAGAUCCAGAGCCUUCUAUGAGGAACAAAGCAGACCAACAGCUGGUGGAAAUAGACAAAAAAUAUGCUGGGUUUAUUCAUAUGAAAGCAGUAGCUGGUAUGAAGAUGUCUUAUCAAGUACAGCAGGCAAUCAAUACCUGCCGAAAAGAUCCUGUGAGGGGCUUUAGACAGGAUGAAUCCAGCAGCGCUUUGUGCUCACAUCUUUACUCCAUGAUCCGAGGGAAUCGGCAGCACCGACGAGCCUUUCUUAUUUCUUUGCUCAACCUCUUUGAUGACACAGCUAAAACAGAGGUGAAUAUGCUUUUGUAUAUAGCAGAUAAUCUGGCCUGUUUUCCUUACCAAACCCAAGAAGAGCCACUUUUUAUAAUGCACCAUAUAGAUAUUACAUUAUCAGUUUCUGGUAGCAACCUUCUACAGUCAUUUAAAGAGUCUAUGGUAAAAUAUAAAAAAGAAAAAAAGCCUUCCUCUGAUGAAGAAAGUGAAAGUGAGAGCAAUAGUGAAAGUGACAGUGAAAGCGAGGAGGAAAUUCACAAAUCCCGGAAAUCACGAAAACGUGCAGAUUCUGAUUCAGACACUGAUGAAGAAAAUGAUAUAAAUGCAGUCAUGAAAUGUUUGCCAGACAAUUCAGCUCCUUUGAUUGAAUUUGCAAAUGUCUCCCAGGGCAUAUUGUUGCUUUUGAUGUUGAAACAGCAUUUGAAGAACCUAUGCGGAUUUUCUGAUACUAAAAUUCAGAAAUACUCACCUUCUGAAUCGGCAAAAGUUUAUGAUAAAGCGAUAAACAGAAAAGCAGGAAUUCACUUUCAUCCAAAACAAACGCUGGACUUCCUUCGAAGUGAUAUGGCUAAUUCCAGGCUCACAGAAGAUGUGAAGAGGAAUAUAGUGAAACAAUACUUAGAUUUCAAACUUCUUAUGGAACAUUUGGAUCCUGAUGAAGAGGAAGAAGAUGGGGAAGUGUCAGCAAGCACAAAUGCUCGCAACAAAGCUAUUACCUCGCUGCUCGGAGGUGGCAGCCCUAGGAACAAUGCAGCUGAGACAGAGGAGGAUGAGAGUGAUGGGGAGGAUAGAGGAGGAGGCACUUCAGGGUCAUUGAGAAGGUCAAAACGAAAUUCAGACUCUACGGAGUUGGCAGCACAGAUGAAUGAAAGUGUUGAUGUCAUGGAUGUCAUCGCUAUUUGCUGUCCAAAGUACAAAGAUCGACCACAAAUUGCAAGAGUAGUGCAGAAAACCAGCAAUGGCUUCAGUGUUCAAUGGAUGGCAGGCUCCUACAGUGGCUCCUGGACUGAGGCUAAGCGCCGUGAUGGCCGCAAACUGGUGCCUUGGGUAGACACUAUCAAAGAGUCAGACAUUAUUUACAAAAAAAUUGCUCUAACGAGUGCUAAUAAGCUGACUAAUAAAGUUGUUCAGACUUUACGAUCGCUGUAUGCCGCCAAGGAUGGAACUUCCAGCUAAUAAUGCAUUUGUACACAUGCAGCCAAAUUUUACAGGAAAGAACAGAAAAAAAAAAACUUGAAAUUACCAACUUUCUGGCAAAAAAAAAUAUCAAUUUAAUGAAGAGUAAGAAUGACACCUGGGAUGCAGGAAACAGAAGGAAAUGUUUGGUAAACAUUUUUGUGGGAGCUUCCUUCGCUGUUGUGCAGCAGAAACUUCUCAGUUCAUUUUUACUCCCACUGUAUAAUAGUUUAACGAAAAAAUGUUUAUAUCUUGAAAAAAAACCUUUCUGUUUAAAAAAAAAUAAAACAAGUGAAUGUUGGAAAUUAGUCUGUUAAUGUUCUUAAUAAAGUGUUCUUGGAGUUUAA